ACGAUCUUCUCUCUAGUCUAUGGUGUGCUCUGUCUAUCUAUGACUAUGAAAAUUUGUCAAAUUGGGGAAAUUGUAGAGAUUUUAUUUUGAUAAGAUUUAUUUUCAUGUAUUAUCACUGUGAAAACUUGGAAAAUACACAAAAGAAGUCCAAGAAGUCGUAAGUAAAACGCCAUGGCGGACGCAGCUGCCAGACAGCUGCAAUACGAAUACAAAGCAAACUCGAAUCUCGUGCUCCAAGCUGAUGUGCGAUUGAUAGAAAGAAGAGGUCGUGAUGAAGCCACAGGGGAAGUCCUCUCCUUGUCUGGGAAGCUCGGCGGGACUCGGAUGGGUGACCGCGCCCAGCGCACUAAGCCCGAAAAAGCUGAGGAAAGGAAAGCGAAGCGGCAAAAGCGUGACGAAGCAACGUACGAAUUAACCAAGUCGAAAACUUCCCGCGUCGCUUGGGCUGACGACACACCGGGAGUACUGUACAGGCCUCGAGCUCAACACACAAGACAUGCUUACGAACUACUUCUGUCUUUUAUGCAGAGUGCACUCGGAGACCAGCCUAGGGACAUCCUCUGUGGUGCUUGCGAUGAGGUAUUAGUUGUGUUGAAGAAUGAUAAACUUAAAGAUCUUGAAAAGAAGAAAGAAAUUGAACUGCUUUUGGGACCCAUAUCUGAUGAAAGGUUUGCCUUGUUGGUGAACUUGGGUAAGAAAAUUACCGACUUCAAUAUAAGUGCGGCAACUGAAGGAAGUACAGAAAUAGAUGAGACGUACGGCAUUAAUGUGCAAUUUGAAGAGUCUUCUGAGGAGGAUGAUGAAGAUGCUUAUGGGGAGGUCCGCGAAGAAGACAAAGAGGACGGUGAAGGCUCAGAGAAUGAAAAGGACAAAGAGAGCAGCGGUGAAGACAGCGAUGGAGAGGGAAGGAAGAAUGCAAUACACACAAAUUUAUCAGAAGAACAAUCACAAAAGCGCAGAGAUGCAGUUUUGCACCCGAUGGAUAUAGAUGCUUACUGGCUCCAGAGACGGCUUUCCCGACACUUUCCUGACGCUAUGGUGUCUCAAGCCAAAGCCAGUGAGGUUCUAAAAGCUUUAGCAGAAGCUGCUGAUGACAGAGACCUGGAAAAUAGACUAGUCUUGCUGCUCGGAUAUGACUGCUUUGAGUUUGUCAAGACUCUCAACAAGCACAGACAUACAAUUUUAUAUUGCAUAAGAUUAGCAUCAGCCCAGUCAGAUAAUGAGCGAGCAUCCAUACGAGAUGAGAUGUCUCGGCAGCCACAUUUACAGAAGAUAUUGGCACAGUUGGAAACUGGUAAAGGUGAUGAUGACAACGCCCAACAAUCGGAGGCACCUCGCAAACGUCACAAGUCAGAAGUGGAGUCUGGGUUGGGACAAGUGACCGGGUCCCGCACUGUACUUCAGUUGGAAGACCUGGUAUUUGCUACAGGGGCGCACUUCAUGGCCAACAAGAGGUGUCAGCUGCCGCCUGGCUCAUUCCGGAAGCAGAGGAAAGGUUACGAAGAAGUACAUGUCCCGGCAUUAAAACCAAAACCUUUUGAAGAGGACGAGACUCUAGUAGCAAUAGAAAAGCUGCCAAAAUACGUCCAACCAGCUUUUGAAGGCUUCAAGACUUUGAAUAGGAUUCAGAGUCGCAUAUCGAAAGCAGCUUUGGAAUCUGAUGAGAACCUGCUUGUCUGUGCUCCAACAGGGGCUGGUAAAACCAAUGUAGCAUUACUGUGUAUAUUGAGAGAGGUUGGGAAACACGUUAACGACGACGGUACGGUCAAUGUGCACGAUUUUAAAAUGAUAUAUGUCGCGCCAAUGCGCUCUCUUGUACAGGAAAUGGUGGGUAACUUUAGCAAACGCCUUGCCCCAUACAACAUGAAGGUGUCUGAGCUGACAGGCGACCACCAGCUAACAAGGGAACAGAUUGAGGCGACGCAACUCAUUGUCUGCACUCCGGAGAAAUGGGAUAUCAUUACCAGGAAAGGUGGAGAGCGUUCGUUCACCAAUUUAGUCCGACUAAUCAUAAUUGAUGAAGUCCAUCUCCUACAUGACGAGAGAGGCCCGGUGUUGGAGGCUUUAGUGGCUCGUACACUGAGGACAAGAGAACAAACUCAAGAGGAGGUUCGUCUUGUCGGUCUGUCUGCUACGUUGCCCAACUACACUGACGUUGCAGCUUUCCUGCGAGUAAGGCCAGAACAUGGAUUAUUUUAUUUCGACAAUUCUUUUAGGCCAGUCGCUCUAGAACAACAAUACAUAGGAGUUACAGAGAAAAAAGCGCUAAAACGGUUCCAAGUCAUGAACGAUAUCGUUUACGAGAAGGCCAUAGAGCAUGCUGGAAGAAAUCAGAUAUUAGUAUUUGUUCAUUCGCGCAAGGAAACAGGGAAAACUGCGCGCGCAAUUCGCGAUAUGUGCUUAGAGAAAGACACGCUUGGACAAUUUCUUAGAGAGGGUUCGGCCAGCAUGGAAGUCCUCCGAACGGAGGCGGAACAAGUUAAGAAUCCAGAACUGCGCGAACUACUGCCUUACGGUUUCGCUAUCCAUCACGCCGGCAUGAGCAGAGUAGACAGGACCUUAGUAGAAGACUUAUUCGCCGAUAGACAUAUACAAGUGUUAGUAUCAACAGCUACGCUAGCGUGGGGCGUGAAUUUGCCGGCGCACACGGUAAUAGUGAAAGGAACCCAAGUGUAUUCCCCUGAAAAGGGUCGUUGGAGCGAAUUGGGAGCUCUAGACGUGUUACAAAUGUUGGGACGAGCGGGCCGACCGCAAUACGAUGAUAAAGGUGAAGGCAUUCUCAUAACCAACCAUUCAGAGUUACAGUAUUACCUUUCGCUGCUGAACCAGCAACUGCCCAUAGAGUCCCAACUAGUUGCGAAGCUCCCGGACAUGCUCAAUGCUGAAGUCGUACUCGGUUCAGUUCAGAGCGUCCGCGACGCCGUCACUUGGCUAGGCUACACGUAUUUAUAUAUUAGAAUGCUCCGUCAACCAGCUUUGUAUGGGAUUUCGCCAGAAAAGAUACAAAAUGAUCCGUUAUUAGAGUUACACAGGGCUGAUCUCGUUCACACAGCUGCAAGUUUGUUAGAUAAAGCUGGUCUGAUCAAGUAUGAGCGGAAAUCUGGUCAUUUCCAACCGACGGAGCUGGGUCGUAUCGCGUCCCACUUCUACUGCACGUACGAGACCAUGCAAGCGUACAACCAGCUACUGCGCCCCACACUAGGUGAAAUUGAAUUGUUUAGAGUGUUUUCACUAUCAGCUGAGUUCAAACAUGUCACAGUGAGGGAGGAAGAGAAGCUAGAGCUGCAUAAACUUAUGGAGAGAGUUCCGAUCCCGAUAAAGGAAAGCAUUGAGGAACCGUCAGCUAAAAUCAAUGUGUUGUUGCAAGCGUACAUUUCACAAUUGAAACUCGAAGGGUUCGCUUUGAUGGCAGACAUGGUCUAUGUAACACAAAGCGCUUCUAGGCUGUUACGAGCUAUUUUCGAGAUCGUUUUGCACAGGGGCUGGGCCCAACUAGUGGAUAAAACACUAGCAUUAUGCAAAAUGGUGGACCGACGCAUGUGGCAGUCGAUGUCGCCGCUCAGGCAGUUCAGAAAAAUGCCAGAAGAGGUGGUGAAGAAGCUUGAAAAGAAGAACUUCCCGUGGGAGAAGCUUUACGAAUUGGGCCCAAAUGAGAUCGGGGAGCUGGUCAGGGCUCCGAAACUAGGUAAAAUGAUACACAAACACGUGCGGCAGUUCCCCAAGCUGGAAUUGUCUACACACAUCCAGCCCAUUACCAGGUCUACGCUCAGAGUGGAGCUAACUAUCACACCUGACUUCCAAUGGGACGAAAAGGUUCAUGGACAAUCAGAAGCGUUCUGGAUUUUAGUGGAAGACGUAGACAGCGAAGUCGUACUCCACCAUGAGUACUUUCUGCUCAAAGAGAAGUACAGCAAAGAUGAGCAUCUUGUCAAACUGUUUGUGCCCAUCUUCGAACCUUUACCCCCACAAUACUUUCUUCGUCUAGUGUCUGACAGGUGGAUAGGCGCAGAAACUCAACUGCCAGUGUCCUUCCGCCAUCUAAUCCUGCCUGAAAAGAAUCUGCCACCUACGGAACUCCUGGACUUGCAGCCGCUGCCUAUAUCCGCCUUACGGAACCCCAAAUACGAAGAGCUUUACAAUGAGGCUUUUCCGCAAUUCAACCCAGUUCAGACUCAAGUGUUCAAUGCAGUGUACAACUCUGAUGAUAACGUGUUUGUGGGGGCUCCUUCUGGGUCUGGGAAGUCAGUAAUUGCCGAGCUAUCUCUGCUGAGAUUGCUAUCAAGCAACGCCGCGGCACGAGCUGUGUAUGUGCUGCCCAAGGACGCUCUAGCGGACAUCGUGUUCGCUGACUGGUAUCACAAAUUCGGCACCAAAUUCAAUCUCAAGAUAGUCCAACUGACGGGCGAGACCGCCACCGACCAUAAACUUUUAAACAAAGGCCAGAUUAUAAUAACCACAGCGGAAAAAUGGGACGUACUGUCUCGAAGAUGGAAAGUCCGCAAAAGCGUGCAAAGCGUCGCGCUGUUCAUAGUGGACGCACUGCAGCUGUUAGGUGGAGAAGAAGGACCAGUUUUAGAGGUUGUCUGCUCAAGAAUGAGAUACAUAGCCUCGCAAACGGGGAAGCCUAUUCGUAUUGUGGCUUUAUCGCUGCCUUUGGCUGACGCGAGGGACGUGUCCCAAUGGCUGGGAUGCAACGCUAAUGCGUCUUUCAACUUCCACCCAAGCGUACGCCCACUGCCUCUGGAGCUACAUAUUCAAGGGUUCAAUAUUUCCCACGCGGGUUCGCGGCUAGCAGCUAUGACGAAGCCAAUUUAUAGUGCUGUUUGCCGCCACGCUGGUUCCAAACCGUGUUGCGUGUUCGUACCGUCGCGGCGACACGCACGCCUCCUCGCGGCCGAUUUACUAGCACUGGCCGCCGCGCACGGCCGUCCCACGCGCUUUUUACACGCAAAACCUGAACUAGUGCAGCCGUUCUUGACGAGAAUACAGGAUAAGAUGUUGAAGGAAACCUUGUCGGCCGGCGUGGCGUAUCUCCAUGAGGGAGUUGAACUCAACGACCGACGCAUUGUCCAGCAAUUGCUGGAGUCUGCCGCGGUUCAGCUUUGCGUGGUGGCGGCUGAGCUGGCGUGGGCUUUCGCGGCACACGUGCACACCGUCAUAGUCGCCGAUACGCACGUUUACAACGGCAAAUUGCAUGCGUACGAGCAAUAUCCCAUCACAACUGUGUUGCAGAUGCUAGGGCGCGCGUGUCGACCGCUAGAAGACGAGCACUCUGUAGCAGUGCUGAUGUGUGUCGCGCAUCACAAGCCUUUCUUCACCAAAUUGCUCAAUGACUGCCUCCCUCUUGAAAGCCACUUGGACCAUAGGCUCCACGAUCACAUGAACGCGGAAAUCGUCACUAAAACCAUAGAGAACAAACAAGAUGCCGUGGACUACCUUACGUGGACUUUCCUCUACAGGAGGUUGACGCAAAACCCAAAUUAUUACAACCUCCAGGGAGUCACUCACAGACAUCUGUCCGACCACCUCUCGGAGCUGGUGGAGACGACGCUGACAGACUUGGAGCAGUCCAAAUGUAUCGCGAUUGAAGACGAAAUGGACGUGCAGCCCCUCAACUUGGGCAUGAUAGCGUCAUACUACUACAUAAACUACACUACCAUCGAGCUGUUCAGUCUGUCUUUGACCAGCAAGACCAAGAUCCGAGGUCUGCUGGAGAUCAUUUCGUCUGCGGCUGAAUACUCGGAGCUCACCAUAAGACAUCGCGAGGAGAAUAUCAUAAAAUCCCUAGCUGGGAAAGUGCCUCACAAGCCGCAGGCGCCAUCUGGCGGCUCCGUCAAGUACAACGACCCUCAUGUGAAAGCGCACGUGCUUUUACAAGCUCAUCUCUCCAGGAUGCAACUGCCUGCGGAGCUCCAAGCGGACACGCAGAAAGUGCUAACGAAAGCAAUACGAUUGAUUCAGGCGUGCGUCGACGUGGUCUCGUCUUCAGGCUGGUUGUCGCCGGCCGUGGCGGCCAUGGAGCUGGCCCAGAUGGUGACCCAGGCCAUGUGGGCCAAAGACUCUUAUCUGCGUCAAUUACCGCACUUUACGCCCGAGCUGGUGCAACGUUGUGCCGAGAAAGGGGUGGAAACAGUGUUCGACGUUAUGGAGCUGGAAGAUAAUGCUCGAGCGAAACUGCUACAGCUCUCCUCCAACGAAAUGGCGGACGUGGCUCGCUACUGCAACCGUUACCCUAACGUAGACCUCAGUUACGAGGUCAAGAACUCGCGGCGUCUCAGCGCCGGCAAGUCUAUUGAAGUGGAAGUUUCUCUGGAGAGAGAGGACGACGUCGCCCCGGUGAUUGCUCCGUUCCUGUCGCAAAAGCGCGAGGAAGGCUGGUGGGUCGUGAUCGGGGAUCCAAAGACGAAUACUCUACUGUCUAUUAAGAGGGUUUCACUCGCGCGUUCAGCUAAGGUUCGACUGGACUUUGUCUGUGGCGCUCCGGGGCGGCACACUUACACGUUAUACUUCAUGUGUGACGCGUAUCUGGGCGCCGAUCAGGAGUACAAGUUCACUGUGGACGUGGGAGAGGCUGACGACUCUAGUGGGGACGAGUGAGGUAGCACGAGUCGUGAGAGAGAGCGAUAGAACAGCGGGAGAUGUAGCUCGUUUGAAACGGAGGUAAUUUAAAGUCUUUUUGUUAAUUUGAUUAAAACGUGAGAAGUGACAUAAAUAUAAAUAGAAAAUGAUGAAGUUUCAAUAGAUCGGCUGUGUAUAUUACGUGUUUCCGUUUCACUAUCGAGUCGAUUCGAAGUGAGACGCAGCGAACCAAUGACAUUGCAGGGUGGUCGUCGUUGCGUCACAAUGGCGCGCUGUCAUUGGUUUACUGCGAUCGACUCUGCUGUAAGAUGUAAUAAUGAUCGGCGAUUGAAGCUCCACGUAUGAUGUACUUUAUUUCGUGGCGCGACAAAACUUGUAGCAUAGCCACUACUUUUAAAACCAUUGUAAAAUGUGUUAAGUCGGCACCACACUGUCGCCCGAACUCCAGACACACGCCGACGCGAAUGCGUGAACAAUUCGCAGUUAGUGUGAGUGUUUUUAUUUACCGCAAUGAAAUACCAGCAAUGUAUACCGAAUCCGCAAUAUUGUUGACAAACUGUUCGACGACAGUGUGGAGCCGGCAUUAUGCUCGUGUGUGCAUUUCAUGUAAUUUAAGACAUAAUUUUAGUUUUAAUUAUUAUUAAAUAUAUGUUUCCAAUAAUA